AGAAGACAACCGAUUAACAUUGGCGUCGUACACAAAACUCGAACACUAACAUGUCCCAGCAGUAAACUGAGAAGCUGCACAGUGGCUCCCCCACUCCCCAUCAGUCAGGCUGAGCCACAGCAUUGGAUGACAUGCCUCUCACGACUCAAACGUUAAGGAGCUGAGGGUUGAAUUCACAGGACUUUCUGAAAUACGUUAUAUGGAGGUCAAGGGUCGCAUGAUCACUGCCAUGGGCUUAGGGACUCCAGAUGUCCAGGGCUGUCAGGACAGCAAGCUGCAAGCUGAGCGAAUCUCAGAGCUGCGAGAACGAAAACAGAGUCUGCAGAGCCUUUUAAACAGUCGUCUUGGAGAGCUGCGACAAGUGUGCCUUCAGGAGGCAGAACUCACAGGAAAGCUUCCACGUGAUUUUCCUUUAGAAGCAGGGGAAAGACCUCCAUUUGUUCAACGAGUUGGCCUGGUCCCUCAUGUUACCUCAAAAGAAGAGGAUGACUCAGGCCAGCGAAGGCAGAUGAAGGCCCUCUUCAGUGGCGCUUUGCGCCGGAGCAUAGAUUCUGAUAAAAACACAUUGCACAAUAAGAGGACUGUUCACAGGGGAUGCCACACAGAGGAAACUGUGAAGUCAGAGAGCAGUUCGAUGUCAGACUCAACAUCUCAUGACAACGAGGAUUCAUCUCCCAGUGUGGCACCUGAGCAUCGCUCCUUGUCUCACCCCCGGCUGGCCCCAGGCAGUCCUGACAGCAGGCUCUGUAGAAAGCUGUCCCCUGUGGAGAUCUACUACGAGAUGAGGAUUCGCCGCAACUCUGCCUCAAGCUCUGUGAGACCGGAGAUUUCUGGUGAUAUUGCACUAAAGCAGUGGUGUGGCAGUCCAGAUGUCCCUCAGUUUGUACCGCUGGCACCUUUGGAAGGCUCCUUCUCUGAGCGUCGCAGCUGCCCCUACAGCUCCCGCGCUCGUCGUAGCAACAGCUCCGAGGCACUUCUUGACCGCUCAAGUCUGCCAGAGCCUGGCCCUCCCCGCAACGGUAUGCCACACCGAGCAGGACCGUACAAGAGCUCGGAGUCCCUCACAGACGGAAAACGCCGUCAGAUCUAUCAAGGCAGCCCAGAGAGACAGAUGAUGGGAUUUAAAGAGCAGGGUCGAAUGCGUUCCUCUCUUGGUGGCCAAAGCAGUGGGACAGGUUACAGUGAAAUUUUGAUGGACUACAUUUGGGGCAAACAGCAAAAGAGGCCAGUGCAGACUCAGCAGAACCAGUCAGCAGGACGAAUCUGGCCAGAUUUUUCCACUCCUCCAUCGGGCACCCCUCCACACUACAAUGAUUUCUCUCACUCGCAGUUGCAUCUGACCGCGGCCCCACCUUCCUAUAGCCCCAUGCUGUUGCCUGGCCAAGAGGCCGAACCCCGUCGGGUCAAAGUGACCCGAACGAAAUCCUGUGGCCCCUUCAUUACUUUGCAGCAGCAUCCACAGGAUGCCGUGUUGUUCUCGACCUAUGAUCCUUCACUCCCUUCCUCUGGAUCCACCACCUCUUCGAUUCCCAACCUGCUACCCCAUCAUGCAGAGCUGUCUGCUGGGGCAGCUUUCGGCCGCAGACCUCUUCAGUUUUCUCUUCCCACCCCUGAGGACUCUACGCGCAGUCUGCACAAGGCACUGGCUCUGGAGGGACUCCGGGACUGGUAUAUGAGGAACGCCUUGGGUUAUUCCACUAUGGCCAAAGGUCAUGAUGGACUAGGUAUGCGCCAUUCACAUACUUACCACCUGGUGCACCAGCCUCAGUCCAUUCCAGCCGACCCACUGUAUUCACACCGUCAAAUACCUCAAUCAGCUUCGUUUCAUGGGCAUCCCUUGCAUGCCAGGUCUGUGGAGCUCUCUCUCUACCCAGAGCCUUUCCCCUCAGAGGGGAGUACUCAGAAAGAGUCAGGCUCCGAGCCCCCUUCACCUGGAACACUGGUCUGACUGGCAGCCAACAUACCCUCUGGGUCUCCAUGUUGCAAUAUGACACCAUGUUUUAGGGAUGCACCGGUCCGAGGCUGUACUUCUGUACCCAUACUCUUUAAAAUACUCCGAUACCAAAAUCCGAUAUCAUGCAUCACAUAUGCAUAAUGUGCAUAAAUGUUGCCUCAUGGGCAGCAAAACAAGAAAGUAGAUUUGUCUAAAUUUGUCGAAUGUUUUUAUAACUGCAUGGGCGCACAGAGCACAUCUAGUAUGCGCACAGACGAGCAGGUGUACCAAGCGCAUUUUCCUUGAAUGUCCAAUGAGUCCAUUAAAAUAUUAAACUCGUAACCCUCAAAUCACCAGUCCCACUUGACUGUACUUGAAAAUUACAGCAUUACAGGUAUUGGCGAAUACCAAAAAGAAUCGGUACACAUUCUGUCUGAAAAUGGUAUCAGUGCACCCCUACCUUGUUCAGUAAUUAAAGGGAUAGAUCACGCAAAAAUGAAAAUUCUCUAAUUUACUCACCCUCAUGCCCUUUGUGUUCAGUAGAAGAAAGAGAGUCACAUAUCUGGGAUGACAUUAAGGGUGAGUAAAUGAAAGAAUUUUAAUUUUUGGGUGAACUAUCCCUUUAAGGAAGCAUCUUGAACAGAACUGAAAUGGAGUAAUCAAGGUGUUUGCUUACAUAGAUCUAGAGUUGCAUUUGACAUUAAACCAGUUUAUCAGGAGCUUUUCUUUUUUCGUUCUCUGUGUAUUAAUGGGAUGUUAUUGUAUUGUGUAUUUUCAGAUGAAAUUCAUCUUCUCUGCUUCAUCAUGAGAUAUAUAUUUUCAGAGAAUAAAAUAGAUUAUAAGAUGAAUGUAUUAUAAAUAACUAUUUUGUAACUAAUAUGGUUCAGGUGAACAGUCAAUUAUAUACAAGUCUACUCAGAGUUUAACAAACUCGUGCAUUUUAAUGUA